AGCAGCAACAUGUCUCGUGAAAAGAGAGCACGGUUCUCUGCUUCAUUUCGCUCCCAGCCAUCUCUCUUAGCCCUGGCAAAGGAGAGACAGCAGAAGCAACAGGAGCAAGUCUCUCUCUCCUCUCUCCAUUCUCUUGCGAGAUGGUCUGAGCUCCCGCUAGAGCUGGUAGUGACUAUUGCUGCUUUCCUUCCAGCGAGAGAGAGACCUAGGAUCUACCUGGUCUGCAGGAGGUGGUCUGAAGCUGCUCACGUUCCCUCUCUCUGGUCCUCAAACUGGAUGACCUUAAAGCCCAACCUAUUCAAGCUCCCUCCUCAUUUCUGGGAGGUGAUGAGGUCUCGUUUUUUGCAUAAAGUGAAGCUCCAAGGAUACACUUUAUCGGAUCAGAACAGACUGGGCAGUGACCUCCUCCUCCUCUCUUCAACUGCUCUCCAUCUCACUGCACUCCACAUUGACUGCGGUGGAAAGCUAGACUCAAAAAUCUUCAAACAUGUCCUCAAUUUUAAGAACCUUACGGAGCUCAAACUGGAUUUCUUAAAAUGCUUGUACACAUCUACUUCAAUAGAGAUUAUGGGGCACCUUGUUCUGAAGGACCUGCCGCAUUUAGAGAGCCUCUCGUUGGUGGGUGUGGUUGAUAUAGCUCACUUUGAUGACACCAGGUUCCUCUCUCACCCAACACUCUCACUCCUCUCUCUUGAUACUUGUGGCUCACUAAAAGCCGUCACCACAAAUAACCUCAUAUCGCAUUUCCCGCAAUUAAAGAAACUAGUUAUUAAGAACUGUGUCUUCUAUUACUCAUUCAUAGCCGAGGAAAAAACUCCCAGAAACCUUGCUCCUUGUCUAAAGGACGUGAGUCUUAUAAGGACCUCGUUUAACGGGUCUUGGUGCAAGUUCCCAUCAUGGUUUCGUGGUCUAGAGUCUCUUAAUUUAUUCUUUUGCAAGCAGGAACAUGUUCAAUUGUCUAAUGUUCUUUCACAGUUGACCAAUCUCACAUCAAUCAAUCUAGCAGGUAAUUUUUGUUCUAACGAGACACUAAAAUAUAUAUCUAGUCCAUUUUUAAAGUCUCUCGACUUAUCCUACAAUCAAGACGUCUCUAUUGAAGGAUUGUAUUAUCUCAGUUCAGUAGCUAGGGACACUCUAAAAGAGUUGUCUCUGUCUCACUGCUCCAGACUUGUAAGCAAGAGAGAGGAGGCUAGGGAAAUAUUACCACAACUCUUUCCUAACCUGGAGAAGAUGAACCUAAGCGGUUGGAAUUUGGCAUCUUACAAAAUAAAAACAUUGUUAUUGCAGUGUCCUCAUUUAUUGCAGCUCCAUUGUGACAAUAACAGCAAAGAGGACCACACCUUCCAUUCUAAUCACUUCAACUCUACCUCACAAACUAAAAUAUAUUGUAGUUAAUGAUGUCAUAUGAUGUAAUGUGAUGUCAUGAGAGUGGAAGGUGUGAGGGCUUGAAUUAUAUUCAUGAGAGCUUAUCAGUGUCUCCUGAGACAGCUUGAGUGAGGAGAAGUGGGCUGACUUUUAGACUGAAAUUUAUGACCCUGAGCUAGAGCAAGAGAAAGAAGAAGUUAAAAUACAAAGAGACAGCAAUAUACCCCCUCUCUCUGCCCUCCUCCAGUUCCUGUGAUAUUAUUAAAUGGCUGCUAGCACUUCACUGAGAGAUGAGCUUGGAAAGCUGAUGAGGGUUUUUGAUGACCCAAAGGGUUUUUAUAAAGACGUCAUUGAGAGCAGUGACCCCAGGGUGUCAGAAUGGUUAUGGAUGGGAUCUCCUCUGCCCACAUUAUGUCUCAUUAUAUUAUACCUUGGCAUGGUCUACUCAGGCCCUAAAAUCAUGAAGAAUAGGGCCCCCUUUGACAUGAAGGCUCUCCUUUUUGUCUUCAAUGCAUUUAUUGUUGUAUUGAACUUUUGGAUGCUUUGGGAGAUGACAUUCGGCAUGAUUGAUGCUGGAUACAACUUCAUAUGUACACCAAUGAGAUACUCCUACCAUCCAGCACAACUAAGAAUUGCUAAUGCCAUAUGGUGGUAUUAUUUCUCAAAGUUCAUUGAGUUUUCUGACACACUGUUUUUCAUUCUCAGGAAAAAAAAUGACCAAGUCACAUUCCUUCAUGUCUAUCAUCAUGCCAGCAUGUUCUUCCUCUGGUGGAUUGGAGUCAAGUGGGUAGCAGGUGGACAAUCUGUUUUAGGAGCAUGGAUCAAUUGUUUAGUACAUGUUGUCAUGUACAGUUACUACGCUCUCAGCGCUUUAGGCCCCGCCCUCAAACCAUACCUCUGGUGGAAGCAUCAUAUAACCCACUUACAACUGAUCCAGUUCUCCCUGGCUAUCAUACACUGUAUGCACUCUAUAUACAUUGAUUGCAACUUUCCCAAAUGGAUGCACUACACUCUAUUGGCUUAUGCUACUUCUUUCAUAAUCCUGUUUACCAAUUUCUAUAUCCACGCCUAUAUCAAGGGGAAAAGGAGAGGAGGAGGAGGAGGGAAGAAAGAGCAGGUUGUUUCUCAGCUGGCAAACGGCUCUGUUAGAGUGGAAGAUAAGAAAAAACGCUAGUUAUUAUUAUUAAUAUUAUUAUUAUUAUUAUUAUUAUUAUUAUUAUUAUUAUUAUUAU